AUGGGCUCUCCUCAGCACAUCUAUCACCAUGAGGGCGACAGUGGCAGCUCUCCUUCUGUGUCUUGUGUAAUUCAGGUGUCAGCAUUCCGCAGUCAAGAGACUCCACCUGGCCCUCCUGGACCAACUGACGAGCCACCACCAACUGGACCACCUGGACCACCAAUUGGAGGUCCUGAUCCGACAGGUCAACCAACUGGACCACCAGGCACGCCAGCUAGAGGUCCUGAACCAACUGGACCAUCUGACACACCAACUGGGGGUCCUGAACCAACAGAUCAACCCACUGGAGGUCCUCAACCAACUGGAGGGCCCCAACCAACUGGUGGGCCACAGCCUACUGAAGGCCCACAGCCUACUGGUCCACCAGGGCCACCAGGACCGCCAUUGCUUCAGGUGUCAGCAUGCCACAGUCAGGAGACUCCACCUGGUCCUCCUGGCCCAACUGAGGGGCCACUGGACCACAUGGACCACCAACUGGAGGUCCUGACCCGACAGGCCAACCGACUGGACCACCAGGCACACCAACUGGAGGUCCUGAACCAACUGGACCACCUGGCAUACCAUCUGGGGGUCCUGAACCAACAGAUCAACCCACUGGAGGUCCUCAACCAACUGGAGGGCCCCAACCAACUGGUGGACCUCAGCCUACUGAAGGCCCACAGCCUACUGGCCCACCAGGACCACCGUCUAGGGGACUUUGGAGUUUCUGACUUCCUGUACACAUUUGUGCAAUACAUCAAGAGAUUCCAGCCGUGA